ACGGAGUCGCUGUUGUAAAAUCACGAAAGAUCUCGGCAGACACGGUUUUACAGCUGCACGGGUCGAGUCGAAUUCGAUUUGAUCGUGGAGAAAUAAAUAUAUUCGUGGCGUCUAGAUCGUGAUUUUUUGUGAUAAAGUGUAAAGUUGACGGUGGGGAAGUGUGUACAUGCUUAAGUGGUGUUAGUGACAUUUUCUUUGGAUUAAUUGUAGCCCGGGUUGGCUAAGCGAAUUCUUGGAACCAAGUGCCAAAGGUAUACGAAUUAACGCUAGUGUGUGCACGGAAGUUGGGAAAGAAACAUUUUGUAAAGCGUAUUCGUUUGAGGAAAGUUUGAUAAGUUUCGUCUGUGUUUCGGGAAAGUGCGAUAAGAAUUGAAGAAGUGAUUGUUUAAUCGACAGUUGUGAUUUUCUGAAGAAGGAUUGAUUAUUGUUCCGUGGAAUUUUCUUAGAUACAAAAUGAUUCAAAGUUGAAUCGACGACGCGAGGGCGUGGAAAACAAAAGCGAGGAUCCUUCAUCGCGAAAUGACAGAAUGCGAGGCUCAUGAUCUCUUCGUCGAUCAUUGCGGACAGUUAAACGAGAAUUUUGGCCUCGAUUCGAGCCCGUGGCGAGCGAUCGACGACAGUCCGUCAGAAUGAGCUUAAUGAAGAAGGCCAUCGGCGGCUCCAUUCACAGGAUACGAGAGUUCGAGCUCGAGAAGGUGAACUUGAUCGAUGAGUUCGAUAUCCUGCAAAUCGUGGGCGAGGGAUGGUUCGGCAAAAUCCUGCUGACCGAGCAUCGAAGCACCCAGACCGAGAUGGUGCUGAAGGCUCUGCCGAAGGCGUACACCGGCAUCUCGGACUUCUUUCGCGAGUUCCAUUACGGGCUACACCUGGCCGCGCACAGGAACAUCAUAACCACCUACGACGUGGCCUUCGAGACUGCUGGCUUCUACGUUUUCAGUCAGGAAUACGCACCGCUCGGAGAUUUAACGUCCAACGUGACAGAGACGGGGUUAGGCGAGCUUCACGCGAAGAGGGUUGCAAGGCAAUUGGCGGCUGCUGUGCAUCAUAUUCACAGCCGAGAAUUGGUGCACCGUGACAUCAAGCUCGACAAUAUCCUCGUGUUCAGAAGUGACUUCUCGCGGAUCAAGUUAUGCGAUUUUGGAGAAACAAGACGAGUGAACACUGUGGUGCGACGACACAACGAGUGGCUGCCAUAUUCGCCGCCCGAGGUAUUGCAGAUCGACACUGACGAAACGUACAAAGCUCUCACGUCGCACGACGUCUGGCAAUUCGGCAUUGUCCUAUUUGUCUGUCUGACCGGAUGUUUGCCAUGGCAGAAGGCGGCGUUGGACGAUCCGCGUUACACCAGAUAUCAAAACUGGCACAACGCGACGCUCAACAUAGCCAAGAAACCGAAAUUAUUUCAGCUGAUCAGCUCACGGGCGCAGAGAAUGUUCAAACGAUUGCUGGAUCCUAAGACCGAGAAGCGACCCGUGAGCGUGUUGGAGGUAAAUAAAUACUUGGAGGACAGGUGGCUAGCGAAACUCGGUGCCGAGAAGGCGAUGAACGGUGGCGCCGACGAAAGGGACGAGCUAUGUCCCUCAAUGUACAGUUUCCACAGCUCUCUCGAGGAGAAGAAUCAACUGCUUCACACUCUGACCACGUACGGGAUCGAAACAACCGUGGACAGAGCCAAGAAGAAGGAUCGGAUCAGAGAAUGGAUUCAAGCGAGCGCGAUAGUGGAGGAGUACGAGGAGGACGAGUCGGAUCUAAACGAGGAUAUUCGCGUCGUCUACGAGGACGAGGACGAAGAGCCUAGCUCGAUGAAAGGCAGACAUUUCCCCGAAACUCGUCCAGUUGUCAGGAACGAGACGAGGAGGCACAAAAAUCGAGCACACGGCUCGUCGGCCAGGAAAAGACAGCCUAUCAAAAGACAGCCUGCCGAACGAAAGAUCCCAUUUGCCCCUCAAGUAGCCGAGGAACGAGAGACCAUAGCCAGAUUCGCAAGUUUCCCCAACGGCGAUCCCAAUUUGGCACUUCUCAGGAAUGGAACGAGUAACGACACGACUCUACCUCUAAAAACCGAGGCCAACGUAGAAGAAGAUCAGAAACCAUUGGUGAACGAUCAAAUGAUCGAUAAUUCCCCGAUGACGAGUCUGAACGUUCAAGACGAAUCCAUUCUAACGAACAACGGAGGGAAUGGUUUCAAACCUAAUUCGCAAGAAGUGAUACCAAAACCCAUACCCUCCUCCCAACUGGACUUCCAGGAUCAUCUAGCCACGAUCCCAAUCGAUAACGCAAGUUUGUCGAAAAACCCACAGCUCCCGAAUAGAAAGCAUCGAUCGCAAACCGCCCCGUUUCCGGCCUCGCCGGUGCUGAACGGAAGCGGAGGAUCGGAGUCCUCCGCCAGGAGAAGCCAGUCGGCCGUGGUGCUGGCCAAUUCCACGCAACAACCAGACAGAUCGAAAAUGGGGAUCGGCCGACCUGUGGAGAGGUCAGUGAUGCCGGUAACGAACGGCCAAUCGCCGGUGGCUCGAGGCGAGAGCUCGGCCCCGAGAGUUGAACAUCGAUCCGCGACCCAAUCGAUGUCUCGAGUAGAAAACGCAUCGGUGGCGAUGCCGCCCAUCGUGGCUCGAGUGGAGAAUCAAUCGAACGUGAUGAUAGUGGCCAGGAACGAGAAAUCCGGGCCGAUUGUGGUGAAUCCGCACGCGUUGUCGGCCGCCUCUCACCUGGUCAUGCAGAGCUUCAACGCGAUUCAAGGUAUCAACAAUCAGGUCGUGGCUAGGGAUAAUAACAAUCCUGGCUCGAAUUUGCCGAAUUCGCCUAGGAAUAGCUCCCCCUCGUCCACGCCUAGCAAGGUGCUCACGCCUAAGAACAGCCCGACCACCACCCCUGCGAGGACGUGUACGCCGCCCAAGCACAAGGGGAGUCACAGGGUCGAGGAGAGCGUCGUUUACUAUGGCAAGGAUCCGUUCGAGCAUUAUGGGAUCGCGCAAGGGGCGAUUCUGAGGGACAGAAUCGCUCGACGAGGCUCGAUGGAGAGCGAGAACAGAUCUGUUAGUAAUUGAGGAUCGAUGUUUGAUUUCGGUUUCGCGUGACACUGGAGGUUGGAGGAUGGGGAGGUUGUCGAAGGCUGGCGCGGAUUGCGGAUGGGACGUGACACUGUACAUCGUGUCCUGGUUUGGCCACGGUAUACGCGUCGUGUUUCUGGCUACGUAGCCAGAGGAGGAUUUGGAGGAGGAGAAAUUUGGUCACGUUGGGGAAUAGGUGAUUGAUAUUAUACGUAUUGACGAAGUUUGAUACUACGAUGUAUUUCGGGGAUCGAACGUGAUCGGUUUAUUUUGAACUCGGGCAGGGGGGGUGUUGGAGAUAUUCUCCGAAGAUGGCCAAAGGUAUAGAGUAGAUCUUGUUUCGAUACGAAACGAUAUUUUUUUUGAAAUUGAAUACCAAUGCAAUGGAAUGGAAUAUUUGAAAAUGGCCGCUAGAGAUGUAGCGUAGAGUCUAGUACUAAUUUAACGCGAAGUUAUCUGGCAGUAGAACCAGCUUUAUUUGGAAUCGAGUCGCAUAACCUUUGUGCAAAAAUCGAAUGAAAUUCGAUUAUUUUGAGAACGAGAAGAAGAAUAAAAUAUUCGUCGUAACUAUUGAGGAUGAAAGAAAUUUGUAAGUUAAGUAAAGUGUGACGAACGAACAAUCAACGCCUCAUUUUUGAAGAUACAUUUAUCGAACGACAAACAUAAUACAUUCUAUUCGCAAUAAAUAUCACGAACAGUAUUAAAACGGUCCAAAGAGAAAAGAAAAGGAAUCUACGAAUAAAAUAUCGCUAUUGCAGACGAUAUAAUAGAAUAAAGAAGGUACACGAAAAUCGGUUAAUCGAUCGUAUUGCCUAUUCAACUAUGUGUCAAACGAUACGACAUAUAACAGUGCAUCGUCAAAUGUGUCCCGUUUGUUGGAAACGUGCCAUUACAGAGAUUCUUUUGUUCCUUCGUUGUCGAUUCUUACAUUGAACGGCCAAUGUAUCGUACACGCUUGUGUCGAAUAAUUAAUGAAUUAUUGUUUCGUUUAUUUCGCUUUCUUUUCGUUGCAACGGGACACGCCAAGCAUCAUCGAACAUGGACAUAAAGGUAAACGAUAAUCGAAUGCGAAUCAUUAUAUUUUGAAAUCGAUGUGUCGUGUAUUUCAGGAACUAUUUACAUACUUGUGAUCGUCCAUCAGCCAGGAAGAGUGGAGGCGGACAAAUUUUGGCACCUCACGUCCGGAAAACAAGACGUCUUGCUCUUGACUGUGGAAUACUUUUGAUUAUUUAGGAUUUUCGAUUGUGAAUGAUACGAGUCAGCCUAUCGAGACAAAAUUGGUGGGUGUAAAUAUGAGAGAAAAUAUGGAAGAGAUUCUCAAAAUUUGUUGUGUGUUCAGGAGAUAUAGGAAAAGUGAGAAAAUUUUAUUGAGAUUAAUUAAUUAUUAUUUGGUUUCUAAAAAAAUUAAAUAAAUAGAUAAUAAUUAUGUUUUAACGGAGUAAAUAUAUAUGUUUCAAUAAAUUUCGUUAUAAUUCUCAAAUAAACUAAACUGAAGAUAAACGAGGAUGUUACUCUACAUAAUCUAAUCUAAAAUAAGUUAUCUUUCUCUUGUUUAAAUAUUUUCUUGUGUGCAUUAAGAUUUUUGAUGUUAGAAAGAAUAAGAAAUUGAAUAAAAUGAAGAUACGAUAGAAAAACAACACGUAUAAACAUUAUUAAAAAAAUCGAAAAUUUAAAAAAAAAAAAAAUACAAAGAUACAUUACGAUAAAAUCUGCUUAUAUCUUCCAAAUCCAUAAAUUUUCAAAAUUAAAAUAUUUAUAUGUCUCUAUAUGACACCCACUAAAUUUCAUCUCGAUAGACCGACCAGGAAAUAUAUCUCGCCAUUGAAGAAGAAUAUCCGGAAUUCUGUUAAAUUCUGCUAAAUUCUGUGCCGAUCGCUACCACUCUAUUCCAAGACGAUGUUAAGAUUCUAAUUGAUUCUAAUUGAAAUGUAAAUAUUACAUUGCACACCGUGACAUGUUUCUCCGUUCACCACGGAGUGGUCGAAGGUGUGGCCAACGGAAUGUGACGUGAUUUCGAUUAAUUGUGAUAAUAGAAGACCCGUAAGAUGACUUUCAAAUCGUUUAUCUAUCCAAUUGGAACCGUUCCAAUAAAUUGUUGCGCGCGAAGGAUGUAUAAUUUUGUUAGUUAUGAAUGGUGUUAUAUAUUUAAUAAUGUAUUAUUGUAAAUAAGUGGUAUUAAAUAAAUAAGCGAGGUAUUUGACGACUAUCACUGUUCCACGAAUAAAACACGGAUGAUAAGUCGAUGAUCUAAUUUAAAUGCGUUUUAUUAUUACAUUCUUAUUAGUUAGUGUGAAUUUAUCUUAUCGCUAUUCUUCUUCUGCCAUUGGAAAUCCUUCAUACGAAUUUUUUUCAAAAAAUAAAAAAAAGGAAAAAUACAAGAGUAUAAAGAAUAAAAGAUAAAGAGAAUGCAUAGAAAUUCCGAGAAAUGAUAACAGAUGGCAGCCAAGGUUAGGAAGCAACGAGGGUGAAAAAAUAUGAUUCAAACUGUUUUCUUGGCAAUUAUUAAAUAAAGAUAUCUUAAUAAAUCGUUUUGAUGUAUUUUGAGAUUUCUUGGAAAUAAUAUGCGACGCCAUUUAUAGAUAUUUAUUCGACAAAUAUUUAUCAUCGAGAUAUAUGGACAAAAUGAAAUAAAAAGUACGAACGAUUUCUAAUAACAAUUUAUCUGUAUAACUUUAAAAUAUAAAU